GAACGAACGACUCAAACCCGAAAACUUGUCAGAUAAGAGGCGAGGUGAGCGAAUCAUAGACUAAAGACCCAGGUAAUCAAUGGAGAUGCAUCAAUCCACGCUUCUCGGUUUGUUUGUUCUGUUCUCUGCUCUAUCAGGAUCCUAUUGUGGUAAAGUUCUGGUCGUCCCUGCGGAUGGAAGCCACUGGAUCAAUAUGAAAGUCCUUAUUGUGGAGUUACAUUCAAAAGGUCACAAUAUCACAGUGAUCAGAGGCUCAAAUAGCUGGUAUAUUGAAGAGGAGUCUCCUUACUACACUUCCAUUACUGUAGACAUUGGUGAAUUUGACAGUGACUUUUGGCUGACGUUGCUUCCCAAGUUACUGCAAACCAAGAGAUACGGAGAAUCAUUUUGGUCUGAAAUAGAAGUCGCUCAGGAGAUUUUUAGCAGGUUUUCAGAUGUUCAUCAGCAAGUGUGCAAUAUGACAGCCAUGAUGUUUGAAAAUGAGAUCUUGAUGAAUUCACUGGAGGACAGUAAAUAUGAUGUUGUUUUUACGGAUCCUACUUUUGGAGCUGGAGUGUUAUUGGCACACCGUCUUGGCCUCCCUCUUGUGUUUAAUGUCCGCUGGACUAUGUAUGGAGAAGGUCACUUUAUUGUAGCUCCAUCUCCUCUUUCAUAUAUACCUGUACCAGCAUUACAACUAACUGACAAAAUGACAUUCAGUCAAAGAGUCAUGAAUGUGGUGGUUUAUAUGAUGUUUAUCUAUCAAAAUCCAAAAACCUUUGGUUAUCAUUACCAAGAAUUCUCCCAGAAGUAUUUUGGGCCCGAUGUUGAUUUCUUCUCCCUCCUUCAGAAUGCAGAUAUCUGGCUCAUGAGAAAUGAUUUCACUUUUGAGUUUCCACGACCCACAAUGCCAAACAUUGUCUACAUGGGUGGCUUCCAGUGUAAACCCGCCAAGCCACUUCCAGAUGACCUUGAGAAGUUUGUGCAGAGUUCUGGAGACCACGGAGUGAUCAUCAUGUCUUUAGGAAGUGUUUUUGGUCAACUUCUGAGUGAAAUCAAUGAUGAGAUUGCUGCAGCUUUUGCUCAACUGCCUCAGAAAGUAAUUUGGAGACACACAGGACCACAACCUGCCAAUCUUGGUAAUAAUACUAUGAUUGUCGACUGGCUCCCCCAGAAUGACUUGCUUGGACAUCCUCAAACUAAACUGUUUGUAGCACAUGGAGGCACCAAUGGAGUUCAGGAAGCCAUCUACCAUGGGGUGCCUAUUGUGGGCCUUCCUUUGGCUUUUGACCAACCUGACAAUCUAGCCAGGAUGGAAGCAAAAGGAACCGCAAAAAUUAUUCAUAUUUCAACUCUGGACAGGACUGUGUUUCUUGAGGCAUUAAAGGAGGUUUUGCAUAACCCAUUUUACAAGGAGAACAUGCAGAGAUUGUCGAAGCUGCACCACGACCAGCCAGUGAAACCUCUUGAUCUUGCUAUCUUCUGGAUUGAGUUUGUCAUGAGGAAUAAAGGAGCUCCUCAUUUGCGAACACAAGCUUACAGAAUGUCCUGGAUUGAGUACCACUCCAUAGAUGUUAUUCUGACUUUAACGGCGACACUUCUCAUUUUUGCAUUUGUCACUGCAUAUGUAAUUAGAUAUCUUUUUAGAGUAUGUAUCAAAUAUAAAUUAAAACGUGAGUGAUGCACAGGCAGGACAUGGCAUCCAGUUGUGUUGUUAGUGUCAGCUGGCAUUACCUUUGACAUUAAAUGGAUUUGGUACAAGGUGUUUUAUAAAAAAAAAGCUAAAAAUUUGUUUGAUCAGAUCUUGUCAUGAUAUAGAAGAUUUUUAAAUAGCAUUUUCUUAACUGUAUAAUCUAUUAUGAAGCAUAAAUAUAUAAGUACAUGUGUUAAUCUUUUCCAUUAAGUUUCCAAAUAAGGAUUUUUUUAAAGAGUUUUACUUAAUUUCCUUUUUUUAUUUGUAUUUUGUUUUUCUUUUGCAAUUGUGUUAUUGUUUUAUGAAAAUGGACAACAUAGCUAAUUAUGUAUUAAUUUUUGGUUACAGUGUUUUACUUGUAAACGGUUUUAAUAUGUGUGUGGUGGAGGAAAACAAUUGUUUGAAUGUUAACGCACUAAGAAAUAUAUUAAAUUUUAAUGUACAAAAAGUAUUAAAGUUUUUAAAAAUG